GUUGUGUUGACUAGCUGUUCUUUAUUUUCCAUCUUUAGCUUCGGAAGAACCUUGAAGAAACCAUCCAGUCCUUCAGAGUGACCAACGAGGAGAUGAAAGACGUCAUCGAGUCUCAGGAGCUUCAGGACUGCAACAACCUGUGCCAGAAUCUGCAGGUGAAGAUGCGCGGACGGGGGUUCCCGUGGUCCAGACUGGUCAUGGUCCUGCUCGUGUUCGUUGCAGGCUUCAUCACACACGACGUCCGGUCUCACGGCUCCUUCACAGAUUCCACCACAGCCGUGUAUCUGCGGAGCUCGGGGGUCUCAGGCGUGUCUCAGCAGGCCUGGAGCCGAGUCAGGGUCUACUCCACACAGGCCUUCAGGUACCCCCCCACCCUCAGACAUCCAUGUUUCAUUCAACAUACAGAGUGUGGUAGAGCCUGA